ACAACCACCAAGUUGGAUUUCAAAGGCGUUUCUUCUUGCCUGGGGGCAUUAGGCAGUUCGCCGGCCCCCUCAGCGCCAACCUCCGCCGCCGACGACAUCUCUCAUCAACAAUUCAACAUCUUCCCUGCUAUCUUUAGCAGGCAGCUUAACUUUAACGCGUGUCCGCAAUCCAAAUCCAUGAUGGAGGAACUCAGGCCCAACUUGGUGGGUGUUGGGAACUUGCUGGGCGUGGGGGGUUUGCUGGAGGAGCACCACGGCCACCUGAUGAGCUCGAGUAGCAGUAACGGCGACAAGGGGACGCCUAGGAAGUGCAAUACGAGCGGUUCGUCGGCGGAGGACUUCAGCGCCAUUUACGGUGGCCUGCCGCACUCGCACGAACACCACCCGCACACGCCGGCCCAUACGCCGCCGGCGGCGCCGAGGUCCAUCACGGAUCACACAGUAAGCACCAAUGGGGCUUUCAAAAAACUAAAACCCGAACCAGCGACAACUGGCAGUAACAGUUUAGGCACAGUUUCCCCCGGUGGACCUCAGCACACAGGCCACACACCCACGACAGCCUCGUGUCCCACACCUGCACGAAGAAGGCAUCGUACAACGUUCACGCAAGAACAACUCGCCGAACUCGAAGCGGCCUUCGCAAAAAGCCAUUACCCGGACAUCUACUGUAGAGAGGAAUUAGCUAGGAGUACGAAGUUAAACGAAGCCAGGAUACAGGUCUGGUUUCAGAACCGAAGAGCCAAAUACCGAAAACAGGAAAAGCAGUUACAGAAAGCGUUGGCCCCUAGCGUACUCCCUGGAUGCAACGGCGCCAUGAUGCGGAACAUCUACCCGGGGGCGGCGCGAGGCUAUCAGCCCUACCCACAUCCCACGGCCAUCAACAGAUACCCUCAGAAUAUAUUAUGUAAUAGAAUUCAUUUUAUUUCACAGAUGACCACGAGUUCGUAUCCCGGAAUGGCUCAGUCCUUUUCGAUGUCUCACGGUACAAAUAUGACUACUGUGGCAGGAAUGAGGCAAGACGCAAUGAGUAAGUUUACAGGUAUGAGCGCCGAGGACGAAUGGUACAAUAAAAGUUUAUCCGCCCUAAGAAUGAACACAACGCAUCAUCCGAAUUUAGCAGCACCAAUGUUACAAUACCAAACGUAAUAACGGAACCAGUGAACUAGACACUGCACUCGAAUCGAUGAAAUGUAUUAAUCAAACACUGGCAAAAUUAAAUUAUUGCGUUGAUUUCAUCACAAAAACACACGUAACAAAGUUUUAUUCGUUAUGAAAUUUAUUUGAGCGAACAACGAGCCAAUAUGAUAAUAAAAUAUGGCUUCUAAUCUAGUCGACUUAAGUUCCUUGAUCUCCUGAACCGAUGAUGGACCGAUGUUUUCGAAACGUUCGUGGGAAGUCCCUUGUUUGUAAAUUUUGUGUGUUAGUGAGAUUUACAACCGUGAAGAUUGAGUUUAUCGAAUGAUAUUCGCACAUUCCAGCAUCACAGUUUUAAAUAAGAUCGGAUUUGUUAAGUUUAUUUCAAUGUAUAUAUUUUUAAGCUUAUUGUUAUUGUCUUCUGCAGUACGACAGGUUGCAAAAUAUCUUAAAAUAAAUUUGAUCUGAAUGGUUGCAAUUAUUUUAUACAUGUAUUCAGAUAUUUCGAUACUCUUUACUAAUUGUAUGUCAUAGAGUUCAAAAUUACACAAGUUUUGAUAUUUAAGACAAGCAUAACAAAACUUAUGUAAAAACAGAUAUUGUAGCUAUAUCAUUACAUGUGCCAUAUUUAUUGUAAUUGCAUUUUGUGUGA